AUGGUGGCGAGGACAUGGUGGGCACUAUUGCUGGCUUGCCUUGCAUGUGUUCCAAUAGUCUAUUCAUACACCGAAGUAUUGGAUCAAGAAACUGAUAGUUGGAUACGGUGUGGUGGCAUGUAUGCAUUGUCUGCUAUACCUGGUGCUAGUGGCGAGGGCACCAUCAACUUGAGAUUCGACUAUGUAUCAACGGCUUCAAACUUGAACAUCUUGAUAUAUGAUUCGCGAGACCAGGAAUUGUUAGAAGACCCAGAUACUCAUCGGAUGGUUAUUUGUGGCGCUGGAGACACGAUCACGUCGGGGAACUGUAGUGCUGAGAAUAAGGGGAAGUUUAUGGUCAGGAAUACGAGGCCACCUACCUCGUCGAUACUGAACGAACUAUACCAUUUCGAUGGUGUAUAUGCAAACAAGACAGGGAGUGCUGUUGUUAAAUACUCGUAUCAAGUCAAUAUUACGGGCUUCUACUGCGUGGCUGCAGUUUCAAUGGCAGACAGCACAUUCUUGGCAACUGUGGAAUGGGACAACCCUUAUGGUCUCCUUCCCGCUAUCGAAUAUCCAAAGCUACCGUUUUAUGGACUGCUAUCAAUAACAUUCAUGAUUAUCGGCAUUGUAUGGAUGGUCUUGUCCUUUAAACAUUCAGGAGAGCUGUUGCCAAUUCAACUUUGGACUACCGGCGUCACUCUGUUUAUUGUCACGGAGAUGGCCUUCAAUUAUGGCUUUUAUGAGGAUUGGAAUAGAAUUGGCCGACCUUCCAUAUUCCUGUUGGUCCUAGUUGUCAUACUUAACGCUGCUCGUAACAGUUUAUCUUUCUUUAUGCUACUGGUUGUGAGUUUAGGAUAUGGCGUCGUGAAACCGACUCUCGGAACGACGAUGCAUAGGUGUAUAGGUCUAGGGUGUCUUCAUUUCGUUUGCGGAGUGAUGUACAUGAUGGGAUCUCAAGUCCUAUCAGACAUAACCGCCGUGACAAUUUUGAUUUUCGUCUUACCACUUGCUGCUACUAUGACUGCCUUCUAUUUUUGGAUACUUACUGCACUGACAGAAACAAUGAAGAGAUUAGAGUUGAGAAGGCAGAGUGUCAAGCUCGAGAUGUAUCGAAAUUUGUGGAGGUUGUUAUCGGCCUCGGUUGUGGUGUUGGUGAUCUUCUUCAUUGUCAAUACCUUUAAUGUGUCUUAUCGUGAAUCGCCGAAUUGGAUGCCACAUUACUGGCAAUGGAGAUGGUUUUUACUAGAAGGAUGGCUCAACAUUCUGUAUCUAUUCGUAUACAUUGGUAUCUUGAUACUAUGGAGACCGACAGCAAACAACUCUCGUUAUGGACUAGAGCAGAUAUCUAGCGAAGACGAUGACGAGGAAGCGUUAGGAAAAGGUGGAGGAUUAUGGUCGAACGGCCGUGUGAAACUUCGUCAGACAAAGUCGGACACAAAUCUAGACGAUGACGAGGAAGAGGACGAUGACGAUGUCCUUCAAUGGGUUGAGAAGAAUGUCGCUAGUGAGAAGCUCACCAAUGGUGAAUCAAGUUCGAAUCCGAAACCUCUUGUUGACGUACAUGUCGAUCCAGCUGAAGCCGCCCUGUUGGCUGAGGAAGCCUCUAAAAAGUUGUGA